AUACGAACCACUGGAGCCCCUAAAAUCUGGAGGGCUGCCCUCUCGCUCACUCACAUUGGAACUCUCCAUUUCCCGCCUACGAUAAGCUAAAGCCAAUUUACCAAUUCAAUGGUUAUUGGGGGGUGUGAUAUUUCCGAAGCUGAUACCCCAUUGUGGCUAAUUGUUCGAUCUGAUAAUACCCGCGAUUUAUUGCCAGCCAGCGGCUCAGACUGCAUCUGGUUGGGCCAAGCCAUAUAGCUGCCACCGAAAUGACCCCCCGGGAAGGCUACUGAGUUCCCCCAACAAGCCCCCCCAACGAGUGACAACAUGGACUCCUACUUCGACUCGGCCAUCGAGUACAAUCGCAGCAACCCGCUCAGCCUCAACCGGCCCCAAGAGCAGUCGCAGACCAUCCAGAAUGAGAAGAACUGGGAGUGGUCCUACCUGGUGCGAAAAUGUCGCAACCUGGAGCUGGAGGAGUCGUACGACCUGUACAUGCGGCGUCUGCGAGUCGGCUACCUUUCCCUCUUCAUUUUCAUUCAUGUGGCUGUGACGGUCAUCCACACGCUGCUGCUUCUGACCACGCCGGAGAUCACGUACGUCUACGUGGACAUGGUGGCCUACCUGUGCUCCGGAUUUAUUAUUUGGUUCGUGCUCUCCGUGAACUUUCGCAGCGAGCUGGUCAGCAAGCACGGCUGGGUGGUCUACGCCUCCUCCUGGCUGGCGGUCUGCGUGAUGGUUCUGAUGGACAUCGGCCUGAACGUCUACCACGCCACGAGCCACAACGACAUCCUGAAUCCGAUCUACGAUGCCUACACCCUCUAUGCCAUCUAUAUGUUCAUGCCGGUGCCGUAUCUGCUGCAGCCGUUCGUCCUGGGCUCCGCGGUGACCCUGUGCUACAUCAUAAACUAUAGCUUCGUGAUCACCGGGAAGGAGGACAACCAGAUGCACAGCAUUCUCAACGAGGCCAUCUACCUGAGCUGCGUUAACCUGCUGGGGAUCUUCUUCCGCCUGAUGCGGGACAUUGCGCUGCGCACCACCUUUCUCGACCGGAGGCAGUAUGUGGAGGAGAACCUGCUGCUGCGGUAUGCCCGCGACCAGGAACGCAGCCUGCUCCUCAGCAUCCUGCCGGCCCAGAUCGCCGACAGGCUGCAGGAGGAUGUCAAGAAUCGCAUCGAGCGCUCCAAGCAGCAGCACCAGCAGCGCUCGCACGUGGAUCUGCGUCACAGUUCCGACAGCCAGACCCUGAGGAGGUGGCGUCAGCCUAACCACGGACCCCUCUUCAUAGAGCCUCACGAGGACGUGACGGUCCUGUAUGCUGACGUCGUCAACUAUACCCACCUGACGACCACCUUGGACGUCAAGAAACUGGUCGAGGCCCUCCACGAUCUCUUCGUGCGCUUCGACAUCGCCAGCGAAGAGUACGACGUGCUAAGGAUCAAGUUCCUGGGCGACUGCUACUACUGCGUGGCCGGGCUGGCGAAUCCCAACGCCGAUCAUGCCAAGUGUUGCGUGGACCUGGGUCUCCGGAUGAUCAAGGACAUUCGCGAUGUCAGGGAAAAGCGUCACCUGAACAUCGACAUGCGGAUCGGCGUGCACUCCGGCGACGUUCUCUCCGGCGUCAUAGGGGCGGCCAAGUGGCAGUUCGACAUUUGGUCCAAGGACGUAGACAUUGCCAACCGACUGGAGGCCACCGGCGCCACUGGACGGGUGCACGUUAGCCAGAAGACCCUGGCCCUGCUCGACGGGGAGUACUUCUUCGAGGACGGCACCGAAAAGGCCCGCGAGGAUCCGGUGCUGCAGAAGCACGGCAUUCGCACUUUCCUGAUCAAGUCGCUGCGCGCCCCCAUGCACGACCCGCGGAGGCGUCAGCGCGAGCGACAGGCCAAGAAGCUGAGCGAGGCCAGCAAGGCAAACUUCAUGCACAACUCCACGCUCCACCAGUACAACCAGGUGCGGAACCAGGCCAAGCUGGAGAUGUGUCGGGAGCUGGACAAGAUGCCCAUCGGCAGGAUUCAACUUACCAAGGUGUUCCGGCGGAGCACUCGCCUCACUCAGGACGAGAUCGAAGAGGAGACCUUUCGACGCAACAUCAGCUCCUGCUGCCUGUUCUUCCGCAUCCGCAACUGGGAGUACCAGUACAUGCAGGAGCCGGACGUAAUGCUAAAGUACAGCAUAGCCCUGGCCUGGGCCAUCUACAUGGGCCUGCUGACCAUCCAGCUGCUGAGCAAAGAUGCCCGCUACCACUACUGGUUCAUCGACGGAACCACCAUUAUCCUGCUCACUUCACUGCUGAUCGUGUCCUGGUACAAGAAGCUCUGGAUCAUGUACAUGUCGGAUGCAGAGGUGUCGUCGCCCAACAGCAGGCUCAGUGGCUUCUUCUUCCGGAUGUCGGACGAAAUGCAGCGCAAUGUCUACAUCAGGAUAGUGAUCUACUUUCUGACCAUAUUCUCCUACUGUGCGGUGGCCAUAAUGCAGGUGGUGGGCUGCAGCAGCAGUGACGACUACUUCGACGAUGACCCGAGCGUGGAUGAGCGGAUGCAGUGCUUCCAUCCUUGGAUCCUCACCAACUGCAUGACUUUGGUCAUCGGCAUGUCCUUCCUCUUCACUCGCAUACCUUUCAUCAUCAAGGCCUGCUUUUCCACCAUAAUCACAAUCGCCUACGCGAUUCUCGUGGUGUUCGAGUUCCACUACAUCUACUCCAGCAGCCCGUCCACCAACGUCAACUUCAACGCCAAGUACUCCCACAUUUUGCUGAUGAUCAUCACGAUGGGAAUCUUUCAUGUGAUGGAACGCCAGACGGAGUUCAUAGCCAAAGUGGAUUACAACUGGAAGCGGCAACUCAUCAAGAAGCAGGAGGAUGCCCUGAUCACCAACGACACCAUCAAAGUGCUUUUGACCAAUAUAUUGCCCUCUCAUGUUGCCGACUUCUACCUGUCCAACCAACUCCAGAACGAGCUGUACUAUGAGGAGUACGACAAUGUGGCGGUGAUGUUUGCCUCGAUAAAGAACUUCGACACGGAUAAGAUUGGACUGAGUGUGCUGAACGAGAUCAUCUGUGACUUUGACGAUGUGCUUAACAAGUACGGCCAGGCCCUGCGAGUGGAGAAGAUCAAGGUGGCCAACUGGACGUACAUGGCAGCCUGCGGCCUCGACGUCUCCCGCUCCGAGCAGGUCAACGCUCCCCAGAUGAAGUUCCGGAAUGUAUCGCUGAUGCCCAACGGGAGAAGGAGUCGGUACGACGGUGCCCGAAGCUCCAACACGGACGGAGUGCAGCGAGUUCCGUACGGGAACGGAAGCAACAUUGCCCUUGAUCUCGACCUGGAAAGGGGUCAGUACGAGGGAAAUGUGGUCGCUAGCGCCCCGCGACCCAGUGCCUUCCAGAACAGCAGCAGCAGCAGCAACGAAGUCGUGAGGGUGAUGGCCGAAUUCGCCCUGGAUCUGAUGCGGACAAUGCGCCGCUUCAGCGCGGAGAACAUGCAGACGGAGUACGAGGGAAGCACCGACUACGGGAUGCUGCGCAUUGGCAUUUCGCACGGCAGAGCCAUGGCAGGGGUAGUGGGCAUCUCGAAGCCGCACUACGACAUCUGGGGCAAUCCAGUGAACAUGGCCUCGCGCAUGGACUCGACGGGACUGCCCGGCCAGAUCCAGGUCACUGAGAACACGGCCAUGAAGCUGCGGGAGUUCAACAUCCAAUGCAACUACCGCGGCAUGACCUUUGUGAAGGGUCGCGGUAACAUCCCCACCUAUAUUGUUGGCAUCGACAAGGAAUACGAGUUCCUGCCGCACCGUGUGUCCAAAGGAUCCAAAGAGGAGUAGCUG